AUGUUGGUAAAGAAGUUCAGGAUUCUUGGGUACUACGCCUCAGUUCGGCAUCGAAAGGCAUUUUUCAUGGCCGAACCGCCCUUCAGCAAGCUUCAUCUAGCGGAGAAAGGGGAUCCCGAUUAUGUCGUGCAGAAGAUGUUCGAGAGCGUCAUUGUCAUGCCUAUGCUGAUGGAGUGGGCUGAUAAACUAGAUAAGAAAAGCUAUACGACCAAAUCAGCAGCACUUCGAGGGCAACGAUCCGCGCAAGAUCUGCUGCGAUUGGCGUCGAAAGUAUUGGAUGAUCUCCAAGAGGGUUCGGGCUCGCCACCAGGCGAGUUCCAAUUCGCCAGUCCCAUGGACAAGUACGUCUGGACGCUUUACUGGAUCAUCCCCUACGAUUUCCCGUAG